CGCACACACGGACCAGCGGCGGCCGGGCGAGAGGGCGGGGGGGCCGGCAGAUGAAGAUGGCACUGUCUGUGAUCCAAGCGUGCCGCAGCCUGGCGCUCUCAACAUGGCUGCUGAGCUUUUGUUUCGUGCAUCUGCUGUGCCUGGACUUCACCGUGGCCGAGAAGGAGGAGUGGUACACGGCUUUCGUCAACAUCACCUACGCCGACCCGGCGGCUGGCAGCGCCGAGCUCCGCAGCGAGAAGAGCGAGUGCGGGCGCUACGGCGAGCAGUCGCCCAAACAGGACGCCCGCGGGCAGGUGGCCCUUUCCGCCUCGCCCGCCGACCGCUUCGCCUGCGACCCCGGCACCCGUUUCAACGCCCCGGCGCCGGGCAAGAGCUGGGUCGCCCUGAUCCCGCGGGGAAACUGCACCUACAAGGACAAGAUCCGCCACGCCGCCGCCCAGAACGCCUCCGCUGUCGUCAUCUAUAACGUGGGCUCCAGCAACGCCAACGAGACCAUCACCAUGCCCCACGCAGGCUUAGAAGAUGUUGUAGCAAUAAUGAUCCCUGAACCCAAAGGGAAAGAGAUAGUGAGCCUCCUGGAGAGGAACAUUACUGUGAUGAUGUACAUAACCAUUGGGACACGCAACCUGCAGAAGUACGUCAGCCGGACCUCGGUGGUGUUUGUCUCCAUCUCCUUCAUUGUGCUGAUGAUCAUCUCCUUGGCAUGGCUGGUCUUCUACUACAUCCAGAGAUUCCGCUACGCAAAUGCCAGAGACAGAAAUCAGCGCCGGCUUGGAGAUGCUGCGAAGAAAGCAAUCAGCAAGCUGCAAGUCAGGACGAUCAGGAAAGGUGAUAAGGAGACUGAGCCAGACUUUGAUAACUGUGCUGUUUGUAUCGAAGGCUACAAGCCCAAUGAUGUUGUCAGGAUAUUGCCUUGCAGGCAUCUUUUCCACAAGUCCUGUGUAGACCCCUGGCUGCUAGACCAUCGUACCUGCCCGAUGUGUAAAAUGAAUAUUCUAAAAGCUCUAGGGAUACCGCCAAAUGCAGAUUGCAUGGAUGAUAUACCUCCAGACUUGGAAGCAUCCAUAGGAGGACCACCAACCAACCAGAUCACAGGAGCCAGUGACAUAACUGUGAACGAGAGUUCAGUGGCCCUGGACCCUCCAGCCCGGACCAUGGGAGUGCUACAAGUCAUCCAAGACGCAGACUUCUUUCCCCAGACUGUUGAGGGUAACUUCACAACAAGCAAUGAACAGGAGCCAGCAGUCAGCAGUGAUUCAGAUAUUUCAUUGAUUAUGGCAAUGGAGGUUGGACUGUCCGAUGUGGAGCUCUCCACUGAUCAAGACUGCGAAGAGGUGAAAUCUUGAAAAACAGAGAUUCAACACUAAACUACAGGGGAGGGUCACAGGCAGGGACUCAGUCAGCUUUCUAGGAUUUGGACCAGUCAUGCACAUGCCUCCAGAGCACUGUCACUCCUGCACACUCCAUACUGAGAUGGUAAUGAAAAGCAAUAGCAACUGUUGUAUCUGCCUGGAUGUGGUUUCAUCAUCUACACACCUUCGUUUGGUUCACAUUGGAGAUGGAUACUUCCAGUUUACCCAUGUGCUUGAGAGCAGUCAUGGAACUGUCCAGGGAACUGUCAUUGCAACUGUAAUGACAACUUGAGUGUUUUCUACACUUGUUCAAUCAAAUUUUUGUUGGGUUUUUGAAAAGGCAUAUGUUUAUUUUAUUUGUUUGUUUGUUUGUUUAUAGUUUGUUAUGAUUGGACACUCUGUUUUUACUGACUGAUCCCAGCUUUUUCAAGAGUUCAGUCCAGAAAUCUGAACCUGUUCACUGGUCACUUCAUGACCUGACCAGGAUUUAUCAUUGCUUUGUUGUUUCUGCAUGAAUUACAUGUGGCUGGCUUCAGAAGAAUGAUGCACCAGCACCCUGCAUUAAUGUAACACCUGCUUUCAUUAAGUGGAAAGCUUGGAAGUAGUAUAUUCUGAAGGCUUUUAUUUGUAAGAGAGCUCUGAAUUAGCUGAAAUUUGGGUUAAAAUUACAUUAGUUUGUCUUUUACUUAGAGCUCUGUUCUAGACAAGUAUUGGGCAGUGUGAAGGAGAGAAAGAAAAGCUUAAAACAUCACUCCAUCCAUGUAGUCCUGUCCUGUAUUUUAUGCUGUUCACGGGUGUCAGUACAUUAGUGUCCUUCCUUCAAGUGACAAUUCAGUACCUGGAAAAAAAGAUCUAGCGUAACAUCAUUUCUUUCCUUAAUAUUACAGACCAAAAGCAGAUCAGUGGGCUAAAGGAGCAUCUGAGAGGUUUCCAGAGGCUGCCUAUUAACAGUUCUGCAUUAAGCGGGUGACAGUAUUCUUACAAAGGGUCUGGAGAUUCUGCUAUCAGUGUCACAAAUUGGUAAGGGAGCAAAAGGCAGUUGUUUGAAGUGUUUAAUUCCUGGUUUGCUUUGGGUCUUUUCCCUCAGUGGGUUUCAUUUCUUACUUUUUGACAGCAGUUUUUGUCUGCUUGUUAUCUAACAAAAGUUCAGGUGGUUUGUUGCCCUCCAGAGUCCCUGUCAAUGUUGUCAGAAGCAUAAUGGAAUAUUUGCAAUUUGUAUACAGAUGCAUAUACCAAAAUAUAAUGGGAAGGGAAUUUGAAAAUAAAAGAACAUAAAUCAAAACACCUAAAUAAUAAUGACCUGACAUAAUAAUUUAUUUCAUCCUGAGCUCUGCUUUCCAGGUAAGAAAGUUAAUUGUUCAGUGUAUGAUUUGGUUUUUCAGUCAAAAUACUCAGCUGUGAAGAAGCUUACUGUUACACAAGAGUACAUAGUUUCCAUUGAGAGUCAGAUGAUUUGAAUCAUGUUACUGUCUCCUGAGUCAGUCCACAGAAUCAACAUGUGGAUGUUGAACACAGAAUCAACAACUCUGCAUGAAAUUUCAUGCAGAGGUCAAACAUUUUGACUAGGCACUGUCAUGGUGGGGUCUCAAAAUGCAACUGUUAGGGCUCAUUGCAUUUAAUCUCCUUGCUGAUUUACUUGUCAAAUCUGAAAACCAGCUUCCAGACAAAAUUUCUCAGAUUUUAUUCAGGAACAAAUAUGUUCAGAACUACCCCUAAAAUUUUGGCUGACUUUCUUUUUUAGUAUAGAAAGAAGGAAAUAAUACUCUCCAUGCUCUUUUGUCCAUUUAGAACUAAUUAAAUAUUUAGUUUAGUUUUAGUUUAUGUUUUGUGUCCCUAAAUUGCAGGGUAAUCUUGAGGUAAAGGUUUUAAACUGACAGAGGGCAGAUUUAGAUUAGAGAUUAGAAAUAAGUUAUUACUGUGAUGAUGAUGAGGCACUGGAAGAGAUUGGCCAGAGAAGCUGUAGAUGCCCCAUCCCUGAAAGUGUUCAAGGCCAGUUUGG